AUGGCUGGGCUUCAACCCAACAUCUGGGCCGGCGUCGCCAUUCCUUGGCUUGCAGCGCUGGUCUCACUUGUUAUGCGCGUUUGCGCCCGAAGGAUGACCAAAAUGAGCUGGUGGUUCGAUGAUUACUUUUCCAUCCUGGCAUUCAUUUUCGCAACAGGCUACUGCGGUAUCAUGAUUGAGUGGACGUUACACACAUACCUCGGCGUCAAAAUUCCGGACUCGAUAACCGGUGAUGAGAGGGAGGCAAUUCUACAACAAGCCCGGUUCCUUAGCUACUUGAACUCCUUAUGCUAUGCUUCAUCCAUCGCCUGCUCCAAGAUAGCCAUUUUGACAUUAUACUGGCGCCUCUUUAGGAUUUCUUCAAUCCGCAUACCGAUCCUAGUCAUGCUUGUGAUGGUAGUCGUAUGGAUUAUUCUCAGAACAUUUAUGCUUACCUUCCGCUGUGUCCCUGUGCAGUCACUCUGGGACUAUAGCAUUACAGACAAGGUCUGCAACCUUGACAGUGGCGAAUUCUUCCUGGGUACUAUUACUACUCAUUUCAUCAUGGACAUUGCCAUCCUCAUUUUGCCAAUCAUCGAAGUGGCUCGACUUUCCCUACCAACGGGUCAGAAGCUGGCCAUCACUGCUUUGUUUCUGCUUGGAGCCAUCGUCUGCUUUGCCUCAAUGUUUGUUCUGGUCGAACUUGUCAACUACGACAACAACACAACACAGAUGCCUUAUGACUAUGCCAUGUUCUGUAUCUUGGGAUCAGUUGAAGUGAAUAUUGCUAUUGUUUCCGGUGAGUAG